AUGAAUUUUUAUAAACAAGCAGCAGAAAUUUUGGAGAAAUUAUUAUCACACAAAGGAAGUAUAAAGUCACUUACAUUGGCUGAUAAUAUUAAAGAAAAGAAAAAAAUGUAUGCUAUAAUAUGUGAGACAUUGAAAUAUAAGGAUGUUUUGAAUAUCAUCAUUGAAAAUUCAGGAUUUUUAGGAUUGGAAAAAAAGGUUCCAAAAAACCUAGCCAUGGUUUUAAUAUACGAUUUACUGUUUAGUCGAAAUGGAUUGAAAUUAUUAUCAGAUGGAUAUUAUAAACAAGCGAUUUUAAGAAAUGAGAUUAGAUUGAGAGGCGAACUUAUGAAUUUGAAGCGAUCAUAUAUACGUGUUAAUACACUUAAAACUACGGUCGAUAAAGUGAUAAAUCAAUUUAUAAGAGAAGGUUAUAAAUUAGAAUACAGCAAUGACGAUGAUAAUGAUUUGAGUAAAUUAAGACCAAAAACUAUUAGAAGAGAUAAGCAUUUGCCAGAUUUAUUAAUUCUGCCACCAAAUACUGAUUUACACAAACACAAACUUUAUAUUUCUGGAGAAAUUGUUCUUCAAGAUAAAUCAUCAUGCUUUCCAUCAUUUAUAUGUUCACCAACCAUCAAUUCACAUGUUAUUGAUGCAUGCGCAGCACCAGGCAACAAGACGUCACAUUUAUCAUCUGUCAUGAAGAAUAGUGGUAAAAUAUGGGCGUUCGAUUUGGACAAGCAAAGAUUAAAUUUAUUGAAAAGGUUGACGGAAAAAGCAGGGUGUAAAAUUGAAUUUAUAUUAUUGGACCCAUCUUGUAGUGGAUCAGGAAUCGUAAAUCAUUUAGAUAGAUUAAUUAAUGACUCUUUGGAUGUAAAUGAUGAUGAUGAAAAUAAGGACGAUGACGACAAUAGCAAUAGUAAUGACAAUGAUGAAAGAAUCAAGAAUCUAAGUGAAUUUCAAGAAAGAAUUAUUUUACACGCAUUUAAAUUUCCAUACGUAAAAAGGAUAGUGUAUUCAACAUGUUCAAUUAAUGUAAGGGAGAAUGAACAUGUAGUGAGAAAUGUAUUGAAACAAACAGGUGAUUUUACACUUGCUGAUAGGAAAGAUGUGUUGGAAGCAUGGCCAAGACGUGGUAAUUCAAACGAAAUCGAUGAAGGUCAAGGAUUACGUGUUCAAGCACCCCCAGUUAAUGAAAAUUGUCCAAUUGAAAAAGGAGACCAUCCAGUUGACAAAUCGAUUGGGUUGUCCGGAGAUGUUAAUAUCAUUAAUUUAUAA